UCUUUCUCUCUUACUCUUACAUAUAAUGUGAUUCUGUACGGUGUUAAAUAUAUUCGUACGAUUUAUACAAUUUGUCUAUGAAAAAAGAAAACAAUGUCUUCGUCAUAUAAUUUAAAAAAGCCAGAAGAAGUUAAAGAAUAUCUGAAAAAUCUUCACAUCGAAUAUAAAUUUGGUUGUUAUAGCGAAAAAAAUCCAGAAGUUUGUCAUCUCUUGGGUGACUUCAACGAAGCCAUAAAAAAAGAUUUUAAGAAAGCAGCAGAACUUUAUAAAACAAAUUGUGACGAACGUAAUUUUCCAAAAAGUUGUACCAAAUACGGAGAAUAUCUUAUUAUCGGUAGAGGUUAUAAAAAAGAUAUCAAUGAAGCAUACAAAUAUUUGGUAAAAGCUUGCGAUUUAAAUAGUGACAGUGGUUGUCUUCACUCCGGUAUUCUUGCUAUAACCAAUGAAUUUGAUGAUAAUCUUUCUGAACAAAUUAAUAAAGGAAUAUCUAGACUAAAUAAGGCAUGUUACGAUCUCAAUUCAGAGAAAGCAUGUUACUUUCUCUCAGGAGUUUAUUUAAAGGGAAUACAGGAUUAUUUAAAACCUAAUAUUAAAGAGGCUUAUAAAUUGUCACUUAAAUGUUGUGAAUUUGGAAAUCCAUAUGCUUGUGCAAAUGUAUCACAGAUGUAUUUAAGAGGGCAUGGUGUUAAAAAGGAUACAGAUUUAGCCAAACUCUUUCAAAAACGAGCUGAUCAACUUGAAUAUGAAUUGAAACAUUCUAAACCUUUAAAGUUUCAAGAAGGAAUUCAAGUUGAAUGACUGUUUACUAUGUAAUAUUAUUGCAAAGUUAUUAGAAAAACAUUAUGUUUCAUAAUAAUAAAUGUAUUUCU